CAUGUGUCUUUUAGUCUUACCCUUGUGCCUGUAAUUGAGUGACAUAGCAUCGCCAUCAUCCACAUCCUAUCGCUUGUGGUGUUCGGUCGAGGAAGAUGAGCAAUCAUGUCUGACCUGCCAGACUAGAAGCAAGUGCCAGAGCAAGAGCUAAGCAAUUGGCGGCGACAUCAUUAUUUAGCAAGAACUGGAAUAGAAGUUGCAAAAGAAUCAUGGUCGUGGGGGUCCGACAUGAUCUUACAGACCACCUCUUUGGCGAUGUACCAGAGAACAAAGCGUCAGCCUCUCGCUGGACGGGUCAACACAACCGGUCAUCGUUUUGCACCUCUGAUGCCGAAGCGGAUCUCACAGCACCAGGAACCAAGGGUGCUGUGAGCCGCAGCCCUCAAUGGUCUUCUUCUACCUUCUUCUCCAGAGCAGCGUGGCGAAAUCUUCUCCGUCCCGGCAACAUCCGCAGCUACCCACCACGACCCCUCCACCACGACACCUCCUUCAUGCUCCCCGUGCCCCCUACCGCAAUGAUGGCCGCCGCCGGUGCGGUCAAGGAUCCGGGCGGCUUCCUCCAGGACCACGGCGACACGUUGCUGGAGCUCGGGAAAGACGCGAUGGGCGGCGUGAUGGACAGUUUGUCCGGUGGCGAAGACGAGGGCCCACCGGUCGCGGACCAGAUGCCGCCGAAUGUGAGGACCAAUUUGGCCCAGUGGCUGCAGCUGAAGAAAUGCGGGUAUUCCGGCUGGAGAAAAGACGAGGGAGUACACCCGGAGGUGACCUUCGGCCGGCCGCAAGGGUUCGUGCACGUUCGGUUACUGGACGACAAUCCGAAUGCAAAUUUGGACGAGAAGAACCAUGAAGAUGUAGCGUCCAUCUCCUCUGGAACCGCGACGGAGAGAAGUUCUGUGGACAAGGAAAAAACCGUUUACGGCGACUCACUGGGCGAACUUUCCAGAACCGCCAACCACGGGGAGGUACUCGACACGCCGAAAAACCGCGCUAUGGUCUACUGGGACGCGACGUACUUUUUGAACGGGAGCAACAGACUCACGCCGCACAUGAAGGCGAUUCAGGAACGGACUCCCUUCUACAUCGACUGCAGGCGGAAACCGAACUUGCGGUUCGAAAUCGAGGUGGACGUGGAGCACCAGAUGCACCAUCUCCGAACCCAGUUCAUCCCCGGCGACCUGAAAAAGCAGAUCUACACGAGCAUCAACCCCUUUUCCCACGGGGUGAAACAGUUGUACGAGAUCAACGAGAACCAGCGGGUCAGGCCGGAGAACCAGAUCCCGCUCUCCCUCGACUACCAAUCGAGCUACGAUUUGGAGCACGAGAAAUCCGUGAACCGGCAGGACACUUGCAAGCAAGUCUGCAAAAACCACGCCUGCCCGCCGAUGCGGUCGCACGCGGAUGAGAAGGGCGUCGAUGAGUUCUCGUUUGCGCGCGCGAACUGCCGGGAUGAGUGUGUAGCGCCAAGCUAUUUAGAAUUCGAGGGGUUUGAGGAGGAACGAAAAGGGUUGAAUGGAAAGUGGCUGAUGGCGACUACCGUUCCGCCGUCUAAUUCCAGCCCGAACAACAUCGCUUUCGACAAAAACAACCCCCCACCGCACUACCCGCCGGCGUACUUCAAAGUUUUGGACAAAACGAAGGGCUUAGGGGAUAGUCUAGAAGCGGCGAUGGACGCGGCUUGGAAGAAGGGGGAGGAAUUGGUCGAGCAGGCGACAGUAUGGAUUGCAAAAAUGUCUGGGUCGGGAAGAGUGCAAACUUGUCAUGCAGAAUUUGCAUGCCCCAUAAGGUCUGGAAUGCAGGACAUAGCAUGACCGAUUCUGCGAGGUCUCUAUCAUGCCUGUCCUGCAUGAGAAAUUCCCUCUCAUGGUGGUCAGAAAAGGGCGUCUUUUGUUGAUCACGCAAGACAGAGUUUUGUGUGAUCCACAGGACGCAUCACAAGUCCCAUCCUUCCAGACCCAGACAUUUUUACAUUUGAUAGACAGAAAAGUUUGAUGAAUUUGUGGACAAGGGAAAAGACGCGAUGGACCACACGGGGAAGAAUCUGAUGGACAAGGGGAUCAGCAUGUUUGGAAUGGGUUCCACCUCAGAAACAGACGAAAACGGGGAGCCGAAACUCGAAGACCCGAAAGGACACGGACACCCAGAAGAUGACAUUAUUCCCGAAGAACCCGAGCCCGAGCCCUCGAAGCCGACGAAGUACAAAAAAGGAACCCUGGCAGCUUUCCUGAAGCACGACUCGCCGGAUUUGAUGCAGGAAUUCGAAAAGGCGUACAAAGUGGCGGUGUUGCUCUACAACCACGAGCACGACCACAAGUGGGGCUUGUACGUCGCCACGAGGAACGGGGAGCACGAAGUCGUCCAGAAAAUCGCGGAGUCGACCGGGCGGGACAUUCUGCUCCCCUCAAAGGUGACCCAGUGGGUCGACAGUUCCGUGGUCGGUGGGAAACCGUUCAAGAACGAACAGGACCAAGCGUACACGCCGAAAGUUUUGUACGACUUCUGCCGGCCGGACGGCUUGGAAACCCCCAACGCGCAGAUCCGGUGGGGCGCGCGGAGGGUGGUCCACUACACCGCGCCGCGGGUGGAGAAGCGGAAGGACAUUCCGGACGUUUUCGAGUACCAAUGGUACAAUCGGAUGUCGGCAGGGAACAAGGAGGGAAGACUCUGUAAAUUCCAACGGAAGUGGUCGGGCAGGGUUUUGAAGGCGAGAAUGGAGAUGCUGAACGGGAGCAGUCCGGAUGUGGGCAGUAUCUCGUCCGCGAAAAUAAAGCAGCAGGAACAGAAACUUCUGAAAGAGCAGAGUGAAAAAUCUUCAAAGGAUUCGAACGCACCCCCACCACCUCCCCCGCCCACCCAACCUCAAGCCUUCCUCGUCGACCCGAAAAGUAAGAUCAAGGAUGAGGAUGUGUUCCGGAUCUACGAAGCAUGUCGCCGGCACGACCGCGCGAUCGACAAAGAUCUCGGGAUGCUAGGUGAAACAGCGGACGACCACGUGGGCGGCGACAACACGACCCAUCUUCCAACCGAUGACCUCGACAUCGAGACGGCUCCCCGCCGGUGUUUGGAUCCGAAUGUGGAACAGGACAUCGACGCUAUUUUUUCCGGAAAAGAGAUCACCAUCGACGAGGAACACGCGCUGAAAGAGCUCGGGAUUGGCGGGAAAUGGUACCGACUACCCCAACCGUCGGAGCCGAAAAGGUUCCGGCAGGAGUACAUUCAGGAGGGGGGACGGCUGCAUUUGUUCGAAAUGCGCGUCUCCCCGGAAUUGUCGCCGGGGAAUAUUUCCGCGGAUUCGAAAAAGGAUUUGACCAAGUGGCACAUCGCACCACUGUCCCACCCAGUGAAGAUCAACGGGAACUUCGUUUACCCAAAACCGCCAAUCACCCUGAAACUCCCGGAAUUGCAGCACGACGUGACGAAUCCGGCGAUCAACUCUCUGAACGAUUUGCGGGGGAAGUACGUGCCAAGGGUUAUCGAGGAAACAUUGACUGACCCGACAACGGGGGAAAAACCUUUCGUCUACGAUUUGCCGAACAAAACGGACCCAGCGCCGGGGAUGAACGAAGAGCUCGGCCCCGACGCGACGUUCGAGCGCAUCCGGCUGGAUUUUGGGGCGAGCCUAGAUCUGAAAACGCAGGACGACGUGUGGCUGGAAGAUAGCCGUGUGAUGGAACUGCGCGGAAACAAAACCCGAACGGCCGCCGAGCAAUCGGAGUACGAGGACUUGCUGUUAUAUCCAGGAAAAAACACCCAUCCACAUCCAAUUUGUCAUGCAAAACAUACAUGAAACUCUGUGUUUGUCAUGCAAAAAAUGGAUGUGGAUGGGUUUUUUUCUGUGGAUAUGUUAAAGCGGAACAGAACCGGGCAGUGGGUCUUGAAGAACCGAGACGACAUCGCCGUCAUCGCCGAGCCGUUCGGCGAUCACAGUGUCACGCCGGAUAAAGUUUCGCGCUGGUUUUACCUGAACCCUUACAAAAGACACGUGACGAAUGAGAUUGCGAAGGUGAAGUGGGAAACCAGUUUCAACCGGUUGACCAGCACGGACAACGAAACGGAUCCGAAGCCGUUUUUCGAAGUGGAGAAUUGGCAGAACGGGAGGGAGAAUGUCACGGCGUUUGAAUUUGAGAAGAAAACGAUGAACAGCAACACCAUCGACAGUGAGGUGCAGAAUAUCUCGACGAACAACUCCUUUCCGGUGUUUUGGCCGGGACGACCGUUUCAACACGCCACGAGAACGCCGUGCCAGACCGGAAACUUUCUCAGCGGAGCGAAGUGCCAUGGGGGAAUAUCGGUACUCAGAACAAGUUUUGUGGUGUGUGUGUGUUCCGUGUGAUCAUGUUGCAUUAUCUGCAAUAAAUUCGUAGAAGAUGUUGAAAUCGUAGAGCUGCUAGAGGGUCAAAUUAUUUACGCAGCAUUCUAGUGAAGAAAAGCCGUUACGUUAACAGGCCGCCCUCCAGAUGAUGCGCGAGCAGAUCGCGAAGUGCAUUUCCUCCGACCCGCCCUGCGUGAAAACCUACACGCCCCAAGACGUCGCCGCAGGGUUGGCCGGCCCCGUCGACCCGAACGCCCCGCUCUCCCACGGCGUGGAGCAGUGCGAAACGCUGUCCGGCGAGGUCCCCAACGUGCAAACGCCGAUGGAACUGGAGCAGGAGGGCCCGCAGGGGUCGAAGCACGCGAAGGCACAGAAACAAGAGGAAUGUCGGGGGUAUGGGGCGGAUGUGGAGAAGUGUCGGAGGACGUUGGGGUGUAAGGUGCACGAAAAGGUUCUGGACGAGGAUAACAAAACGUAUUACUGCGACCUCGACGUGAAGUACUUCGGACCGCAGUUUCCAGUCGAUGAAAGCACUUCCAGUUUGUCGACGGGAGCGGCGUUCAUGUGAAAUUUUUGAAGUAGAUGGAAGAUGAUUUUGCGUUCCUGGUGAUCUCGGUACACCAAUUACACCGACUUUUGUAGGAUCAUGUCCGAUUGCUUUUUACUUCGUUUCGAAGAAAAAA